AUGAAACCGAAAGACCAAUCAGCGGGAUUGCUGGCGUUAGAAAUAUCGCCACACGGUGACAUCCUGAAACUUUUGUUUACUACUGCCUUCAUGUAUCGGAUCGCGAGGUGGAUCAUAGUAUUUUUGUGUAUUGCUGGAUCCGCACUGCUUUUAACCUAUACGAGGAUAUAUUCGUCAACAGAUCGUAUAGCUGGACGGAAUUCAGAAGAGACAGGAAGCUCGGAAGUGGACGAUCCGUCUGGAGGAACUGUUGAAUCAAACACCACCGAUGAUACACUGGAACUCACUGUCGACGAGGCCAGACUAAAUUAUUUGAAUCCAUACCUUGGAGAUAGUCGAUAUGCAGGGAAGAAAAAGGAUGAUCUGUCAAUCUUGGAAUCUAUUGAGGAAAUAUCCGGCUAUCUGGUCAUUCAUGGGGUUGGUCGGGGACACCUGCGUUUGCCAAAUCUACAAAUCAUCCGCGGACAAGAUUACGUAAGCAUUCGAGAGCGCAGGGUUGCAAUGCUGAUCUCUAGCAAUUACAACACAAAAAGUAUACUGGACACACCACAGUCUGCUGAAUACGCUGUUGGGGCAUUGCGUCGCAAUGUUUCGGAAAACCAGCCGAAUUAUCUGGGGUCUGGUGAGAAUUCUACUAAAAAACGCGCUGUCACUUCGUUUUUACAGAUACUGGAAAUGCCAAAUUUAAUUUAGGCAGCCGAAUGGCAAACGGUCGACAUCUUUGCGCUUCCUCCAGGAGGUGAUAUGGAUCUUUGGCAUGCCUCAUGUUUCUGCCGACAUGUGGGUCAGUGUUCCACUGUGCAUCCAUCUUCUUCAGCAUCAAACGAUUGGUUGACCUCGCUGGCACAGGAAGCCACCGCAGAGAUCAGGAAUGAGCAGCCCUUUCAGGAAGAGAGACAGGCAACUACGGAAAACUCGCCGCUGUUCUCCGCGCUAUCCACUUCUUCGCAACUAAUGUUACGUAGGAAAAGAAGCAUUUUCAACGGUCAAGUGAGCCAACUGGAUCCUAUUUCGACACACACAAAAGACUCACCAAUGCGAACCGCUGAGGAACCACGCGCAGUUUCUGACUAUCCAGUUCAGAAUGGAUUCCGCGAGAGACUAACCGGACCCACACAUAUACUUAGCAAUGAACUAAGCGCCAAUGAGAUAUCAAAAUCUUCAACCACUGACUUCACUUCAACCAGACUCGGAGAAAUUUUCACUUCCACUUCAGAAGCUCGAACCGAUGAGCAGGCAACUUUGGCAACGAACGGCGAUCCUUCUGAAUCUGAUCUCAAGCCGCAGUGUAAAGAUGCCUCGGCGACGGAGUUGUUUUCUGAUUAUGCGGGUUCGGAGACCAAUCCCUCAACUUUAUUGGACCACAAGGAAGCAAACAUUGCUGCGAACAAGUCUACCUCAUCCUAUGGAAUCGAACCCAUGACCUCUUCACUUCUGACCAGUCCAGUUUUUGGAGGAACUAUCGAAAGGGAGACGAGAGAACCAGUUUCAAAUUCCUCAGCUACCUCCAGCAUGACCUACCCCGUACUUCCAUGCCAUCCAACCUGUCCAAAAAUUCAAGGAAGACAAUACUGCUGGGGUCCAGAAGCAUCUCAGUGUCAGAAAAAUGGUCAUCAAACUCAGCUAUCACGUGCAAUCAACAUCAACUCGAACGCUCAUCUGGAAUUUCUCGGCUUUGCUUCACUACGGCACGUGGGACGUUCAAAUAUAUUGAUCAUGGGCAACCCAAACCUUUGCUUUUUGGACAGCAUACAGUGGGACCAGUUGGUUCCAAAACCGCGUGGACUCAACAUGGAAAGCAUUCAGAUGGAUACAACCAGACCGAAGCGAUCUUCUUCAAAAAGGUCGCUAAAGCGACAGGCUCAACUGGGAGCCACCCUGAAGGACAUGUAUAUCUACCAAAACGGACAUCGUGAAUACUGUCGCGGCAAGGCUGCCAAAUGUGCCGAGGAAUGUUCCACGGAAUCUGGAUGCUGGGGUCCCGGACCUGGCCUCUGUAGGAAAUGUCGCUCAUGGUCCGUGUUUCACGAAGAUGGGUCACGUCUUUGUGUCAAUAACUGCUACAUGGUAGAAGGCCAUUUUACUCAUCAUCUGAACCAUUCAAGCUCUUCGGCCAUUCGCAAUGUCACCGCCUCGCCAAUUGGUUCAACAACAUCUCCAGAUGACGCACGCGUGUCGGAAACGACCUCAACAACAGACAGUACUUUCGAUGAUGAAUCCAUGCCCGAGUUGGACAGUCGCGUGUGCAGUGCCUGUUCUUCGAUGUGUGAAUUGAAGUUGAAUGCGUGUUAUGGACCAGGUGCUGAUCAGUGUAACGGUCCUUGUCGCUGGGUUCAAGACGGACCAUACUGUCGAAAAACGUGUCCACCUGAGAAGUAUCUCGAUCAAACUGACGGAAGGUGUUACGAGUGUUCUCCAGCUUGUUCGUAUCCAGUGACCCCACUAGUCACUGGUUCAUCGGUUGUGCAUCACAAUGACGAUCAGAUCGAUACAAAUGAGACAACGUCGAACCGUAUGUGUACUGGUCCGGGCAAUUGGCCUGGAGCCGGUGGAUGUAACUAUUGCAGACAAACGGCCUUGAGGUCGUUGGCAUCUGCUAACACGUCCUAUUUGGAAUGCGUUGAGGAAUGUCCUGCCGGAACUUUCAUGCAUGUCAUCAAUCUACUCCAACGUGGCGGUUCAAGUUUACGACACCUCAAUCAUCUAAAUUUUUCCAAUGUCUACCGGAACAAGAGCACCGGAAUCGGGGGACAGAACGACCCCUGGUCACGCACCGAUGCUGCAAUGUUACGACCAUUGCCAGAACAAGCUCAGUUAACUUUAAAAACUUGGAUUUUGAAACACACAGAACCGUUGAUUUACGGUUUGGCACGUAUUUGUUUACCAUGUCACAAUCAAUGUGCAGUACAAAACCAGUCGAGCUCCGAAUCAGACUUGACUAGUACAUGUAACGGGCCAGCCCCACAUCAGUGUCAGCGCUGUCUGAAUGCAAGUUUCAACGGAAGGUGCGUAGAAUUUUGUCCUGAAGACACCUAUGCUGUACCUCGACGUCAAAGCCUCAAUGAACCUCACGGACAACAAACACAACAAAGCAAAACACCACAGUUCCUGCUCGAUUUGGGUCUAGAACAUAGCGCACAGUUCAAAAGCAGAUUCGACUGUUAUCCCUGUCAUCCGUUCUGUCGAGCAGGCUGCCGUGGACCAUCUCCUUUUGACUGUAAUCGAUGCAGGCGUGUGAAACUCUACUUGAAUGCAGCGCACACAAAGUGGCAGUGCGCCUCCAUCUGUCCCUCACGAUACGCUUAUCGGAUACGCGAGUCACUCACUGGCGAUUUGGCAUGCUCGUUGCGCCCCAAUUACAUCUAUGUAUCCGAGACUAAUCCUGGCUUUCACGAGUUCCACCUGGACUCGAAUGAAACCAUCAUGUGCAAUGAGACUGCAAGGGAUGAGUUGGAUGCAGUGUGGGACUCGAUAGAACAACUCAAAAGACACUUCGUCAUUUCAACCGAAUUCGCAGGAGCUGUUGCAGCCCUCACAGGACUCUGUGUGCUUCUGGCCUCGGUUGCUUGCCUCAUCUGUUGGGCGGUAUCCAAACAGCUGCCAUCUGAGGAGAAAGAAGACAAUUCAAAACACUCCAGCUCCUCGCGGAUUGCACGGUUGAACGCAAUGUGCGAGCGUUUGUGGACGCGUGGACGAGUUCCAGAUCCGUCAGUGUACAAGUCUAGAAAAAGUGCACAGAAGCGGUUUGCUAGAGCCGGCAAUGACAACUCAAAGAAAAGUGCAUAUAUGACUACGUUGGAAUGGGGACAAAUGUCGACCUUUACACGCACCUCUGCUUCGGAAGAUGAGACUCAACAGAUGUUGUUGACGGAAGACGAGAGACGCGCAACCAGCAAACCGAACAUGGCGACCCUGCGUAUCAUAACCGAAUCCCAACUGGUUCGUGGACCGAUGAUCGGUUCUGGUGCAUUUGGUACCGUAUUCUGUGGCAUAUGGCGUCCACAGAAUCGAUCGGCCCCAUCCGUAGAAACUCUGUCUGUCACCUCACCCGAAUGCGUUCGUACACCGAGUACAACGUAUUCGAUGGAUUGGAGUGACAAGUUAGACGCAAUUUCGGAAAAACCCUCCAUCCUUAGCCCCGACGUUGACGCCGCAAAUAAACAAUCUAGCAGUCCUGCAAAGCCUCACCCGAUCGUCGCUCCUAGUGUUGAACCCUAUCGGAAAAACCUUCCGUCCUUAGCCCCGACAUCGAUGCCGCAAAUAAACAAUCUAUCAGUCCUGCAAAGUCUCACCCGAUCGUCGCUCCUAGUGUUGAACUUCCAGUCGCAAUCAAGUUGGGCCGAACAAAUAGCCAAUGGAAUGACCUACCUUGCCUCAAGGGGUAUCAUUCACCGCGACUUGGCGGCGCGGAACGUGUUGGUGGAGUCUUUGGAUCAAGUUCGAAUCACGGACUUUGGUUUGGCCAAAUGCUUGGACUGUAUUGAAAGUGAAUACCACGCAAGUGGUGGCCGAAUGCCUAUCAAGUGGAUGGCCAUAGAAUGUAUUCAAGACCGAAUAUUUUCCAGCAAGUCCGAUGUUUGGUCGUAUGGAGUAACCGUGUGGGAAAUGUGCACAUUUGGGAAGCGACCUUUUGAAGGAAUACGAGCAAGGGAUUUGCUGCAGCGUUUGGAACAAGGAGUCCGUCUUCCACAACCGGAAACAGCGAGUCUGGAAUUUUACACCAUCCUCUUAAGAUGUUGGGAGACUGACCCUAACAUACGUCCGACGUUCAACGAAUUGCAUCAUAUCUUGGCCAGAGUGAAGGCAACACCAGAGAGAUACUUUUACAUCACGUCAUGCAUCCGUCGACGACAGCAGAGACCCACGAGAUCAAAUGCGACCGAAGCCCUGGAAUUCCUCACACACACACUGAACAGCAGUAGCCGCGACACUCACAGUGACUGUACGACAAUCUGCUUGGACUCCGUGGGGGAUUCGUCUAUCGAGUACGCACAGAUGCAGGUGGAUUGGAUCCGUAACCUGUAUGUGAACAGCCAAAUCACCGCGUUUCCCUCGUGUGUGCAAGAUUUCAUCAGUAACAACUACGCCUAUCUGAGCGAACCAGGAUCACACCACGCAGAUGACGCAAGGACGCAAGAGGAGGAUCGAGCGUACUGUCAACUCAAGUUUGUGUCCUGCGUCCCAAGGUGUGAGAACCCGGUCAGGCUACUCACCACUUUCCGGGACGGAAAUCAGGCAGUAGAUCAAUGCAAAACGGGCAUUCCAAGAGAUCCUAUUCAAUAUAGCCAUCACUCGCAUUCCUUUGCUCGUCCAUUAACUGAAACAAAUACACCUGUCGGACCUGGAGCGUAUUCUGUAAACGAAGUCGAAAGCAUUUCAAUGCAACAGUCUCACAACGCUUCGGACAAAGAAGCGAAUCUAACGACGUUCGUCUCACAAAGCGUGACAAAAAAUAACUUCGACUACGCUCAAGCAAAUGAGACCAUCGACGUAACUGCAAGCGAGACCGUCGGCUGCACAGUAUCUGACCAAACGGUUCCGCAGAUCUGGGUGGAGGAAUAUCUUGAACCACGACAAACCCCCUUCGUUACCAGUACGGAAACAAGAUGGCUACGACAUUUUGGCAACGUGAAUAUUAGCAGUUUCUUCUAUCUUCUCUUACCAGCAGAUGAACGCAUUUUGGAACGCAUACAACCUCCUAUCCAGAUGGAUUCAAGAUAA